GACGGAUCAGAUCGCCCCAGGCAGGAGCCCGCGCAGCCACGAGCUCAACCACCGGUUCGGAUAGCGUCUCGCCGCUUCGCUCGCUCCGUCACCUUCCUGUCGGAAAAUAGCCAUUACCAAAGCUGUAAAGCAUCGGGGAGGAGCUUUCGCCGCGCGCGAUCCCGCGGUUGAUGCGCCCGCCAUGGCGUCCGUGCCGCUGUCCGCGUCGUCGCAGGCCGGCCUCCUCCUCCUCCCGCCGCCGCUCCUGCAGCCGCCCGGCGCCGGCGCCGGAGCAUGCCUGCGCUACCGCCUGCCGAGGCUGCCUCCUGCGCUCUCGAGCGUGAGGAAGGGAGGGAUCCUGCCCCUGCUGAUUCUGGCGCCGCCGCGGGCCGCGGAGGGGAAGGACGGGCGGGCCUCCCUGACCAAGGAGGAGGUGGUGGAGGAGGACGAAGAGGAGGUCGUGGAGGUGAGGAAGGAAGGCGAGGAGGAGGAUGGGGGAAGUGGUGAUGGUGGUGGGGCAAGGGAGGACGCGUCCAGGGGCUCGGGGCGGUUCGCCGCGGAUUACAUCUCGCUUGGCAUCAAGGAGCCCGUGUAUGAGGUGAUAGAAGUAAGAUCUACUGGGAGGAUGUCCACCAAAAAAAUAAGCAGGCGGCAGCUACUGAAAUCUAGUGGCCUCCGUUUACGUGAUACUCGAAGCGUUGAUCCAUCAUUAUGGUUAAUGAAUUCAAUGCCUUCCCUGCUGGUACGUGAACAAGCUAUUUUAAUCAAUCUUGGUUCCUUACGAGCAAUUGCUAUGUAUGAGCGUGUUCUUAUAUUUAACUAUAACAGUCCAGGAGGGAAGGCCUUUUUAGAGCUAUUACUGCCUAGGUUAAAUCCAAGAAACAUCAAUGGUGGGCCCGCAAUGCCUUUUCAGCUUGAGGUUGUUGAAGCUGCACUUCUUUCUAGAAUACUAAGAUUGGAGCAGAGAUUAAUGAAGAUUGAGCCUAGUGUGGCUGCAUUGCUUGAAGUUCUACCAAAUCGGUUGACUGCUGAUGUCCUGGAGCAGCUUCGUCUAAGUAAACAAGCAUUGGUUGAGCUGGGUUCACGAGCAGGUGACCUCAAACAAAUGCUCAUUGAUCUCCUUGAAGAUCCUCAUGAGAUCCGCCGAAUAUGCAUAAUGGGGAGAAAUUGCACACUUGAUAGAUUGGAUGAUCACAUGGAGUGCUCUGUUCCUUUAGAUAAGCAGAUUGCUGAAGAGGAAGAGGAAGAAAUUGAAAUGUUAUUGGAAAAUUAUCUUCAACGAUGUGAAUCGUGUCAUGGUCAAGCAGAGAGACUCCUGGAUUCUGCAAGAGAAAUGGAAGACUCAAUUGCUGUGAACUUGAGUUCCCGGCGACUCGAAGUAAGUAGAGUCGAGUUGCUUCUUCAAGUAGGAACGUUUUGUGUUGCAGUAGGAGCAUUAGUUGCAGGAAUUUUUGGCAUGAAUCUUAAAUCAUACAUCGAGACGAACGCGUGGGCAUUUUGGGCGACGACUGGUGGAAUAGUAGUUGGAGCACUAGCUGGAUUUUUCCUCGUGUACUCAUACCUAAAGGCUAGGAAGAUAUUGUGAACCUUGUAACAUCUCUAUCUUAGAACUGUUCUUAGAACUGUAAAUAAAGCAAUUUUGAUGUCAUUUGCACAUCCAUUGAUGGAUAUGCAUAUUGAUUCUUGAGAUUGUUGUGGGCGUUCGCUGCUCCAAAUUCUUGCAUGGUUUCAGUCAGUGAUCUUGAAGACUGGACCAAGCAUUUCCUGGUGCAACUCUGGAGACAAUGUCACCACAAUACGUACCUGGAGUCGACCGGUGAGGCAAUGCCUGCGUGUCUGAGGGCUCUAGGACCUGGGUACAAUUUUACUCCAAGGUUUUCAAACUCAGAAACAUAAGGCGGUAUAAUUAAUGUGUUAGCAUCAUAGAUUAUUUGAAGGUACCUUUGACUAUUGAUAUUGAAAAUUGACAUGUCGACAUCUGAUAAA